AUGUUUAUUCUUUUUCUGAUCGUUUCUCUCAUCUCAUCGAUUAAUGCUGCAUCUAUAGUAUCUCGCUCACAGCCCUACCCACUAUCUCAGCCCGCUGCACAUGGCCCCAAAACCAGAAUAACCAUAGGUAAUAGCUUCAUCGCUCCCGAUGGCUUCAAUCGCUCAGCAACUCUUGUUGAUGGCAAAUUUCCUGGACCUUUGAUUGCAGCCUGGAAGGGAGAUCACUUUGACAUUGAUGUAGUCAACAAGCUCACAAACGACACGAUGUUCUUGGUUACCAGUGUCCACUGGCAUGGUAUCUACCAGAAUAGGACGAAUUAUGCCGAUGGGACAUCCUUCGUCACACAAUGUCCCAUCAUACCGAACCACUCAUUUUUAAAUUCUUUCUCCGCUCCGAACCAGGCGGGCACUUUCUGGUAUCACAGUCAUUACUCUUGCGAUGGUCUUAGGGGAGCCCUGGUAAUCUAUGAUCCUUGGGACCCUUUAGCAUUCAUGUACGAUGUCGACGAUGCAAGUACCGUGAUCACGCUUGCCGACUGGUAUCAUACUGUGGCCCCAGAAUUGCGCGGCACGAUACCUGUUGCCCAGUCUAUACUCAUCAAUGGACUCGGUCGCUAUGCUGGCGGACCCGAGUCUGAGCUCGCUGUGAUCAACGUCGAGCAAGGAAAGCGAUAUCGCUUGCGCCUGGUUCAAAUGUCAUGCGACAACAACGUCCAGUUCUCCAUCGACGGCCACCAAUUAACUGUCAUCGAAGCUGAUGGACAGCUGACAGAACCUCUGGUAGUAGAUCAGCUUCAAAUUUUUGUGGCUCAGCGCUACUCUGUGGUUCUAGUAGCCAAUCAACCAGUGGAUAACUACUGGGUACGCGGUAUUCCUAACUCGGUUCAGACCUUCAAUGGCUCUGCUAUCCUACGCUACAAAGGCGCCCCAAAGGCUGACCCGACUACAGUCAAUGCUCCAUCCACGAACCCAUUGCAAGAGACAAACUUGCAUGCUCUAAUCAAUCCCAGUGCUCCUGGCAUUCCAGAGUAUGGGAAGGCAGAUAUCAACCUCACCCUCGAGGUUACCAUCAGCGGUCCAAACUUCUAUGUCAAUAAUGCCACAUUCCCAUUCCAAUCCCCCUCCGUUCCUGUUCUACUCCAAAUUCUUAGUGGAGCCCGAGACCCUACUCAGCUGCUCCCACCGGGGAGUGUGUACGUUCUCGGGGCCAACAAAGUAGUAGAGCUGACGGUGGUAAUAGUAAGCGCUCCAGGUGGACCUCAUCCCAUACAUCUUCAUGGGCAUUCCUUCAGCGUCGUACAGAGCGCGGGCAACAGCAGCUUCAAUUACAUAAACCCCGUUCGCCGCGAUGUGACCAGCGCUGGGGUCAUUGGGGACCAAAUGGUGAUCCGAUGGGUGACCGACAAUUCUGGCCCCUGGUUCUUGCAUUGUCACAUUGACUGGCACCUUGAUGCCGGUUUUGCUGUGGUAAUGGCGGAAAGUCCCUCAGAUACUGCCGCCCAUGUCAGUCCCGUGCCAUAUGAAUGGGAUCGCUUAUGUCCGAUCUAUGACAAUUACCCUCCAGUCCCUCCCACGAUAGCUGAGGGGCGUCUAGAUGCUAAUUGA